AUGUGGUUUACAGCAUCAAAUUUGCUGACCAAUCCAGCAUGCCAAAUUGCGAUUGCCCUGAUUGACUGUAAACCUAUUAACCUUGCGAGCAUUUCCUGGCCAUUUUUCAUCAUGUGCCUGGCUGGGACUGGACUUAUGAAGAAGUUGCACCCAAAGCAUGACGUUGCAGAUGACCAAACUACCUGUAUCACAAAUCUAGAGAUGCCAGUGUGCCCACCCGACAUAACAGAAAAUGGUCAUAGCAUCCUUCCCCUUCCCACCAAACAAAAAACAUCACGUACUCAGGCUACCAAAUGCAGGGAGGUUCUCAAUCACCUUGGAAAUCUCACUUUUCUUGUGCAUGAGGCGGAACCUUUAACUGCUUUACAAGCCACACUUUUCUUAGCUCUUCUCGAAUUACAACAGUUUGUACUAACAGAAGAUGGCAUUGCUCUUGAAAAUAAAGAGUCUCAUCAGGAAGACCAACAGCAGUCAUUUCCACCAUCGUCCAAAACCCAGGCAAAAGCAAACCCCCUCCCUCAAAGAAAAGGAAAGGGAAAUAAGUACUCUGGCAGGGUUGGUGAGAAGGCUGGCACAAUGAAGAAGACUUACAAUGUGUCUUUUGUUCCUGAGCUUGCAGAACCAUCAAAAACCCACAUUCCUUACAGCCAUGCCGGACUACCAGUGAGCUCCCCCAAAGCUACCCAAACUCCAGAAGAAGACAGUCACAAUCAGCCUGCAGCAAAGAAAAUGCGAACUGAUGACUGCGGUGACAAAGCCACCCCUUCAACUGUACCAGAAAAUAUUCAAGAACCAACGAUGAAUUCAACAGCAUUUAUAGUAGUAGAUGACAAUUCACCGGAUCCACAGCAAUGGAUAAAAUUUUCAGACAGCAUUGUUGACAACACUCACUUCACCUUAUACCAGGUUAGCAAAUCCAAUAUAGCAAACCCCAAUGGUUGGCCGACGGACUCAGAAAUCCAUGCUGCUCAACAGCUACUUAAGACACAGUUCCCUCACCUUGAUGGCCUGAAUGAUCCUGGUAUUCUAAGUGGAGAUCUGGUGACCCCAGCUGUCACGGAAUUUGUCCAGAUAAUCAACACUGGUGGUCAUUGGGUUUGUUUAAGCACAAUAGGAUGUGCUAACGGUUAUGUAAAAGUCUAUGACAGCAUGGGAACCAGUCCUUCUCCUACAGCCAUCAUCAACUCUUGCCAAAUGCUGUUUCAUAAUGGUAAAAAGGUUACAGUCUCAAACCAGAAAGUUCAACGACAACAAGGAGCCAGUGACUGUGGUUUGUUUGCCAUUGCUUUUGCUACUUCACUCUGCUUUGGAAAUGACCCACAAGAAAUUACAUAUGCUCAACCCCUUCUGAGAAGCCACUUUAAUGCAUGCUUAGAAGAUCACAAGAUGAUGCCAUUUCCAACAACAGACAGAAGAGUGCAAAGGCACCUUUCUGUAUCAAAAGCUGUGGUACCAAUCUUCUGUGCAUGCAGGAUGCCAAACGAUGGUGACGCAAUUUUCUCACAAGAAACCACCUUAGUUGGCAAAUGUGAAGUGAGACUUCUGUACAAUCAUGGUUGAUUACAAGAGAGUUUGAAGACUGUAAACAUAUACAUGUAUAACAUGUAAUAUUUUGAGCAAUUUAAGUAAUUGAGCAGCCUACAUUUAAGUUAUUGUCAAUGGAUAGUGAAAUCAGUUUCUAGAAUAUUUUGCCUUCCCUGACCACCAUUUGGCACUUAUGUCCAGGAUUGAAUGCAGGUGUUUUUUGGCAAACAAUUCACAUUAUAUGAAUAGAUUUUUGAACAUUAUCACACUACGUUAUCACAGAAUUGUGCAUUUAAGUGAAUUUUUAUUAGUGAGAACAAUUUAUCAUGCUCAUUUUAAAGAGCCCAAAAUCCUUGACAUAUCUGCUAUUUUAGAGGUGGCUGCAAUUUUCAUUCUUCCUUUUAGAGUUCUCUUGUUCUCCAUCAGAUGGAGUACUCCAAGAUUUUCUCAGUCCAAGUAAAUAUUUUCUCUUUAAGUUAAUAUUUUAGAAGUUUCAAUGAUUUUCAAAUUUGGCUCAAACUGUUAUACUUAAUAUAUCAGAGUCAGAGAUACAUGCAGCCUUCACAGUUAAGGUUUAAGAAAAUUCUGUGUUUGAAUUGCAGCUAGUUGUAUUUUUAGUCCAUUAAAUUUGUUCUUCAGUUGCAAUUUCAAACAUUAGAAGUUUUUCAAAUAGAUCUAAGGUAUAAAAUUAAAUGUAAGGUGGUAUUCUCAGAAUGUUGCCUUGAUUCCCUCAGCACAUGAAGUUCACAUAAUUAUAUUUUCUUCAAACCUUGACACUCAUUUUUGCAAAAUGUGUAUAGUUUGUAUAUAUAGACCCGCACAUAAUUUUUCAGACAGUCAUCCUUCCAAUUUUAUAAUAUCAGUUAUACUGUACGGGUUAAGUUUUGCCUCCUUUGGCUUUAGAGAGAAAAAAUGUGUAAAGUAAAAUAAGGAUGACAAACAUGAUUGUUAUCAGGCUCCGUUUUGGACUCUGAAUAAAUUGUACCGCUAACAUCAUUGUGCAUUAAUAAACUUGAUAAGAAUUAUUAAAGGAGUGCUAAUCCUGUCUGGGAGAGGGAAAUAGGACAAAAUGCUUUGAGAACCUGCAGUAGAGCUGAGUCCAGGAAGUGAAAUUUAACGAACAGCAAUUAACCGUGCGGCGGUAAACGCGGGAAAAUGCAUCCCUUGCACGAAUUCACCGUUACAGAAAAUACCGGAAAAUGCAUACUUUCGACUGGUUAAUACCGGUGAACAUAACGUUGGAAUGCGCAAAAUGGCUGUAAAUGGCAGAAUACAUGUUGUUUUCCAUAGAUUAACCGAACAACAAUAAAAGGUAAAACGCUUUAAAAUGCGUUUUCACGAAAUUUCUCGAAUUUACUAUUGCGGAAAAACGUUGGAAAAUGCAUGCUUUCGACUGGAUAAUUCUUGUGAACAUUUCGUUCACCGGGCGUAAAAUGGUUGCGAACAAAAGAAAACAUGGCAUUUUCUAUACGGUAUACGAACUGCAAACUCUGGAAAAUAUUAUGUUUUCCCGUAUUUACACACAUUAACCUUCCCGGAAAAUGCGUGUUUUCAGCUGUUAACUUCGGUGAAUACGUUGUUGUUCACUCGGAAAAUGCCAAUGAACGAAAGGAAAACACGCUGUUUGCCAUGUGUUAACCGAGCGGUUAAUGCCAAAAAAUGAAUUGUUUACCUGCAUUUACCGCGAAGGAAAACAACCGAAUAAUGGAACGAAUACUGGGAUUCACCGAUGCGAAAACGCGCAGAAAACGUCGGAUUUUCCGUAGGCAAAACACGGGUAAACGAUAGUAAAUUGCCACGUUUUCCGUAAAUUCAACCUUCGUUUUCCGUACGGUGAACGCUUGUUUUUUUGCCGUGCUAUGUGUAAUGUCACCAUUGCAAUGACUGGUGGCACCUUAAGUGUGUUAACAUACCACCCUGGACUGUAG